AUGAGAAGUUGUACUGUACCUUUUCUUAGUGGAACAUAUUUACAAUAUGAAUGGAUAACAUCAGUGGAGAAAGUGAUGACGAGGCAGCAUCGCAAUAUUACACUGCAUACAUUUGAUGACAUACCAGAGAUUGAUAUGCUUGAAAAUGUGGAAAUGGGAGAGCAAAAGUGGAGGAAUGAAGCUUAUAAGGCUGUAAAGAAAAAAAUUGGGAUUGAUGAUGACAAUGCCAAUGAUUCAACUGCGGACAACCAAACUUCUGGGUGUGGAGAGCCACAAGAGAAAAAGGUUGUCUCCACGGAGAUGGAAGAAUUUGUCUGGGGUCUUCAGCUUGAUGAAGAUCGAAAAAAGAUUAUGAAGGGGGAUGUCGUGGAAAUGGCAAUGUGA